AUGAACUGCAUCUUCUGUCGCAUCGUCAAAGGCGAAAUCCCCUCCUUGAAGCUCUUUGAAAGCGACAAGACGUUGGCCUUCCUAGACAUCGGGCCACUGAGCAAGGGUCAUGCUCUUGUCAUCCCUAAAUACCAUGGUGCCAAACUCCAAGACAUCCCUGAUGAUCAGCUCACUGAAGUACUGCCCACGUUGAAGAGGCUUGUUAAAGCCACGGGAGCGACAGACUAUAACAUCUUGCAGAAUAAUGGCACCAUUGCGCAUCAGGAAGUUCAUCAUGUGCAUUUCCACAUGAUUCCAAAGCCAAACGAAGAGGAAGGGCUUGGCAUCAAAUGGCCCUCUCGAGCAGGCGAAAUGGAUAAACUCAAGUCGCUUUGUGAGGAUAUUAAAUCCAGGAUGUAG